AUGAUCCAGUUCGUUGAGUCAGCUGUUGAUACCUUCAAUGGCGAGAAAAAAACAAAGAAGGAAAAUGAUGAAAUGAACCCGACCGAUUUAAAAGAGGGAAAAGAUGGAGCAUUUUAUGCUAAUGCCCGUCAAAUAGGUCCCGAAAUUGAUGAUCAUCGUCCGAAUCCUGAUGACCCUCGACUACGCAUUAAACCUCCCAGUGGUGUCAGCAUUCCACAACCUCCCGUGCCUCACGAUCGUCUUCCGAAAACUGGCAACACUCCCAAACCUCCCGUAUAUCGCGGUCGUCGUCGGAAAACUGGCGGUAUUCUUCGAUCUGCCGUAUCACACCGUCAUCUCCCAAAUGCGUGA